AUGGGAAAAAACCCCACUCACGUAAAACUCUACCAUAACCAGAGCGCCCCCCUGUGGGUGGUGCUGUGCCCGCCUCUAAAUGACGCACAGGACGCUCUCAUCUCGCGAGAAUUACCACAUGAAUUCAAAGUCGACGGCGGUUUUGGGUUUAUUUUUAUUUUUAAGGCUGAUCUUUUUCUGAACAACAAGAUGUGUGACAGAGGAGAUGAAGAGGAGGUCAAGCGGCUGAAGGUUCAGCUGAGGGAGACUGAGGAGCAGGUGCAGAAGGCUGCGCAGGCUGGAUUAGACCUCCUAAAUCAGCAGAUGGAGUUACAGAACCGACUGGAUGAGCAGAGAGUGGAGAUGACCAAUGCUCUGGAGAGCGCACGGACUAAGACUAGACAGCUCCUUGAACAAGAGAAGUAUUCACUGCAAAAAGAAGUGGAGCUGAAGUCCAGGAUGCUUGAAUCACUGCAGUCAGAGAUUGAAAGUGUGAAAAACCAGCAUAAACGGCAGCUUGAAGAGCACAAAGAGCAUUUGGAGAUGAACCACAAUGUCACUGUCACUGAGCUCAACAAUAAGGUCCAUACUGUGCAGUCUGCUUUAGAGGAAUCGCAUCUGAAUGAGAAGCAAAUGAGACACAAGCUGGAGCUGCUGACGGAGACGUUGAAUAACAAAGUGGAAGAGCUGCGCGCUGUGAACGAGCUGACACACACAUCCAUGACCUCGGAGAUGAUGGAGGUGCAGAUGAAGAACAUGGACCUGGAGAACAACAAGGUGGAACUGGAGCAGGCUCUGCAGGAGUUACAGUACAGAGAACAACAACUGGAACUGAGUAACGAGACUUUACAACGACAAUUAGAACGUUUGAGAGAAGAGAAGGAGGAGCGUGAGAGAGAGGCGGUCUCCUGGUUCAACUCUCUGGAAAAAUCCCGAGAGGCAAACAGAGAACUACAGGUGGAACUGGAUCUACUCCAACAGCAAGCUCAGGAUCCUAACAGCAAAGGCAACUCUCUAUUUGCUGAGCUCGAGGAUAAGCGUGCAGAGAUGGAGAAACAGCUCAUCUGUAUGAAAGUCCAGUACCAGUCACUGCAGAAACAGUAUGCCUUCAGCAAACAGCAGAUGCAGCGGCUCAAGGUCCAAAUAGCCACACUGAUGCAACUACAAGGUUCCAGAGCUGAUCCUGCUCAACUGGAGCGACUGCAGUCUAUGGUCUCUGAGAAGAACGGAGAGAUCCAAAACCUCAUGUCCAAACUGCAGAGGCUUGAGAAAGUGGAGAUGAUGGUAAAAGCUCAGACACCAAACUCUGCUCCAGGAGAAGGAAUUGAAGGUCAAGAUGAAACGUACUACACUGACCUGCUGAAGAUGAAGCUCAACAAUUCAAUUAAAGAUUCAGAGCGUUUGGGAGAUGAGCUUUCCCUGCAGAGGAUGAAGUCUUUGUCUGAGAGCCAGCGAGCUCUUGAGCUGGAGAGGAAAUUGUUCACUGUUGAACGAAUGCUCAAACAGGCUCAGAGUGACAAGAUCAAGCUGCAGCUGCGCGUUGAGGAUCUCCAACACAAAUAUGAACCUAAAGAAGGCAAAAAAGGUCUUCUUCAAAAGAGAAAGAAAGAAAAACUUGCAGUGGACGUUGUUCCUUCUGUUGAGAAGCUUGAGGAUGCUCCUGAAAAUCUCCAGUGCAAACAAGAGCCUGAAAUGGAGGAAAAAUCAGCAAAAAAUGUAAAGAUUAGUUUGGAAGAACCUGUUAUCUCCAAUUCCAGCUUCUAUUUGACUGACUGUAACAUGAAGUCAGAGGAGAUGCAUCAGAAGAACAUCAAGGAGGACAGAAAAAAGAAGCAGAAAAAUGUUGAGGUGAUUCAUGUAAAAUCUAGUAACAGUACGGAAAACCAGUGUGCCCAGCAAUAG